CAGAGGCCUCCUGGGGGGUCCCCAAACCCUGGGUGGGAAAUGGCCGUCAGGAGUGGGCUUUGCCCCUCCCCCACCUGCUCCAGCUGAGCUGGGGGAGCCAGGCUUGGCAGCCCGACGUCACCCGCAGAGCUGCCCCCGGGCGAUGGGAAGAGCGAGCAGGAGGGGUUCCCAGGGCUGGGGCAGGGGGCUUCUCCACCAUCGCCCCGUAGAGAGGGCUCCUCCCCGGAGGAAGACCUGAGCACUCGGACUUGGGGUUGGAUUCACCCUGGGGCAGGUCUGACCCUCCGGAGUGGCCGGCUCCGCCCACCCUGCGCGGGCUCAGCUAAGGCCAAGCCUGCGGGGUGCCGGGGGUGUCCUGCUGAGAGCACGGGGUUUCUGUCCGGGAGCCCACAAGGCCGGAGAGCACACCGCUCUGGCGCGGUCGGAGCCUGGCAGGCACUGCCUGCGCUUAUUGAGCGCCUGCUGUAUGCGGGGAUCUGGGGUGAUGCGCGCCGUGAUGGGGACCGGAAAAGGCCUCUGCCGCAGACAUGGAGAAACUCAGCGCGCUGCAGGAGCAGAGGGGCGAGCUGCGCAAGCGGCUGUCCUACACCACGCACAAGCUGGAGAGGCUGGAGACCGAGUUCGACUCCACCCGCCACUACCUGGAGAUCGAGCUGCGCCGCGCGCAGGAGGAGCUGGAGAAAGUCACGGAGAAGCUGCGCAGGAUCCAGAGCAACUACAUGGCGCUGCAGCGGAUCAACCAGGAGCUGGAAGACAAGCUGUACCGCAUGGGCCAGCACUAUGAGGAAGAGAAGCGGGCCCUGAGCCACGAGAUCGUGGCCCUCAACAGCCACCUGCUGGAGGCCAAGGUCACCAUCGACAAGCUGUCGGAGGACAACGAGCUCUAUAGGAAGGACUGCAAUCUAGCGGCCCAGCUGCUGCAGUGCAGCCAGACCUACGGCGGGGUCCAUAAGGUGUCCGAGCUGCCCUCGGACUUCCAGGAGCGCGUGAGCCUGCACCUGGAGAAACACGGCUGCAGCCUGCCCGCCCCGCUCUGCCACCCGGCCUACGCCGACAGCGUCCCCACCUGCGUCAUCGCCAAGGUGCUGGAGAAGCCCGACCCCGCCGCCCUCUCCUCCCGCCUGUCUGACGCCUCGGCGCGCGACCUGGCCUUCCGCGACGGGGCCGAGAAGCCGGGCGCGCGGCCCCCCUACAAGGGCGACAUCUACUGCAGCGACACGGCCCUCUACUGCCCCGAGGAGCGGCGGCGGGACCGGCGGCCCAGCGUGGACGCGCCCGUGACCGACGUGGGCUUCCUGCGCGCCCAGAACUCCACCGACAGCGCGGCCGAGGAGGAGGAGGAGGCCGAGGCGGCCGCCUUCCCCCCGGGCUUCCGGCGCGAGGCCUUCGCGGGCUACGCGGGCUCGCUGCCCACGUCCAGCUCCUACUCGAGUUUCAGUGCCACGUCGGAGGAGAAGGAGCACGCGCAGGCCAGCACGCUGACCGCCUCGCAGCAGGCCAUCUACCUGAACAGCCGCGACGAGCUGUUCGACCGCAAGCCGCCCGCCGCCGCGGCCGCCGCCGCCUACGAGGGCAGCCCUCGCUUUGCCAAGGCCACGGCCGCCGUGGUGGCCCCACUGGAGGCCGAGGUGGCCCCGGGCUUUGGGCGGACCGUGUCCCCGUACCCGGCCGAGCCCUUCCGCUUCCCGGCCUCCCCUGGUCCCCAGCAGGCCCUGAUGCCCCCAAACCUGUGGAGCCUGCGGGCCAAGCCAGGGGCCGCGCGGCUCUCCGGGGAGGACGUCCGGGGCCAGUGGCGGCCCCUGAGCGUGGAGGACAUCGGCGCCUACUCCUACCCGGCCGGCACCGCGGGCCGCGCCUCGCCCUGCAGCUUCUCCGAACGCUACUACAGCGGGGGCGGCGGGGGCAGCCCGGGCAAGAAGGCCGAGGGCCGCGCCAGCCCCCUCUACGCCAGCUACAAGGCCGACAGCUUCUCCGAGGGUGACGACCUCUCCCAGGGUCACCUGGCCGAGCCCUGCUUCCUGCGGCCGGCCGGCGACCUGAGCCUCAGCCCCGGCCGCACUGCCGACCCCCUCCCCGGCUACGCACCCAGCGAGGGGGAUGGCGACAGGCUCGGGGUGCAGUUGUGCGGGGCCGGCAGCAGCCCCGAGCCCGAGCCCGGCUCCAGGGACUCCGUGGAGCCCAGCUCCAUGGAGGCCUCCCCAGAGCUGCACCCGGCCGCGCGCCUCAGCCCCCAGCAGGCAUUUCCGCGGACUGGCGGCUCGGGGCUGAGCCGCAAAGACAGCCUCACCAAGGCCCAGCUGUACGGCACCCUGCUCAACUGACCACCCGCCGUGGCCGUGGCCAUGGCCGUGGCUGUGGGGGCUGCGCCUUGGCGCUCCCCAGGCCCUGCAAGGACCAGGGCCCCUUCCUCCCCGGCAACCCCUCUUCCCCCCACGCCCAACCCCGCAGAGGCUGAGCG